AUGAGGAAGUGUGUCCGCUGCGGAAGUUUCUGCUGGGUGAAGUUGAACAUGAAACGUUAAAUAUGACUCUCAAAUGGUUUUAUUUUCUUAUUCUGAUCUGUUUCUUGGUUUUGUUAAGUUCCCAGAAUAUUGGUGGAAAGAGAGUUUGGCCUGUUCCUUACAGGCGAUUCGACCAUCGUCCUCCCACUGACCCUUACUGCCAAGCGCUUUACCCCUUUUGCCCAACUGGAGACCCGGAUGGUCGUAUCCCCUACAUGAGAGACAGCGAUGUCAUUUCCGUGUUUAGACUUCAAACUCCUGUAUGGGAAUUCAAAUAUGGAGAUCUUUUGGGGAAAUUUCAUAUAAUGCAUGAUGCCAUUGGAUUUGCCAGCUCAGAGACAGGAAGAAAUUAUACCAUGGAAUGGUAUGAGCUUUUCCAGCUUGGAAACUGCACAUUUCCCCAUGAAAGAGAGGGGAUAAUGGCUCCUUUUUGGUGCAAUCAGGGUGCCGCAUGCUUCUUUGAGGGAAUAGAUGAUGUGCACUGGAAACAGAAUGGAACUCUGGAAAAAGUGGGAGAGAUUUCUGGUGAGCAGUUUAAUGAUCUGGCACAGUGGGUUCAAGAAGACAAUGAGACGGGUAUUUAUUAUGAGACGUGGACUAUACGGUCAGACCCAGGACCCAACUCGACCACAUGGUUCGACUCGUAUGACUGUGCACAGUUUGUACACCGCACAUACAGGAAAUUAGCCGAGCUUGGAGCCAAGCUCUCAAGCAAAACUCAGACAAACUACACCAAAGUCUACCUGUACAGUGGUGAGCCUACCUACCUUGGAGAUGAUAGCAGCAUCUUUGAUCAGUCCUCAAUGAAAACUCUGGCCACAGAUAUCAGAAAGUUUUACCAUUCUUUUCAGCCUCACCAGUCGAUGCUUCAUUUCAUCCUCAGUCUGUUAGAAGCCUAUAAAAAAGUAGUACUGGAGAAGACUUUUUAUUUGUUCUACAACUUUGAGUAUUGGCACUUGCCAAUGAAACCACCCUACAUCCAAAUUACGUAUGAAGAAGUUCCUCUGCCGUGAUGAAGGCGACCUUGAGGGCUUUUUUUUUUCACCUGUAAAUCUGUCAUGACAGCUUUGCACAUGAAACUGUAAUCAUAAGUAACAAAUGACUGUCAGUGAUUAAUUCCACAGGUUAAGCUUUCUGGAGGUGAAUAACAAUUAAGUCUUGUGUUCUGUUGGAAAUACCACAGCAUUACUGAAGGCUUGAUUCUGAUUGGCCAGAAAGUGUUGAUUCAUUUUCUAUAAAAGCACAGCUCGGCCAGUACUUCCAGCAGCAAGGCAAAUCACAAUUAUUUUCAUGUGCUCAUUCUAAUAUGUUUAUUGUUCAUGUAGUAAUAUAAUACAAAUGGACCGUCCUCCAUACACGAUCCUGUAAACAGUUUUUUAAAAAUGUGAGUGAAAUGUGGAGAAUCUCUAGUGUCAUUGCUUUGUAACAGUCAAGUUGAAUUAUGACUGUUUUCUAACUGAGGACUCUUAGGCUACAUCCACACGACAACGGCAACGAGAUGUUAUUUAAAAAUAUAUCGCGUCCAAAUGGGCAACGAUCAGUAAAAUAUCAGGUCCAUAUGGCAACGCAACGCUUGCUGAAAACGAUGCAAUACACAUGCCACACCUCUAGGGGUGCUGUAAGACGGUCCCUUCGGAGACACCAGAACAAUAGAAGUAAGGACGCAUGCGCAUAAACUAUUAUGCGCGAGACUUCAUAUUAGCCACAAAGUCAGGAAAAUCUGUUCGUAAAAUUACAUUAUAAUGACCAAAUACAAUGAAAAGUAUUUUUCCAGUCUCACCUGUGAAAGGUAAUCCCAUGUGAUCUCGUUUGGACGGCAAACCUGUUGGUACAGUUAAAUGCAGCUAAUCUUUAUUCUCCGCUUUGCCUCUCCAAUAUGGCGGCGAGGAUGACGUAUGAUUCUACGCGGAAGGCGGCGUCUUUAAUGGUCCGGAAUAAAUUGAAUGCUACAUGUUAAUGGAUUAAUUUGCUCUUCUACGCCCUUUUUGAGGAAUGUAUUGUAGGAUUUAAACCAACAUCUGAAGAGGUGAGAUCGCUCCUUUUUUUUCCCUAUUUUUGCUGGCGGGAUUGACUCUGCCCUAAGGGCAGAGUCUCUCUCACUUUGCACCAUUACACAAUAAAUAUUCACAGUGAAAAUAUUUUGUAAGCGCGUUUCAUGAACCAAGUUAUAGGAUUUGUUGACAACUCGCAUUGAGUUCGUUACACUUCUACCCGGCGUGAAGCACUGACAGUCAUGUGGUUGUGACGUCAUCGUAAACAAAUCCGUUCUACUCAUCCAGACGACUUCACAAUGGCAACGUUGCCAGAUCUUUCCACUCUGGAACCCGUUCUCAAAAAGAUUGCGUUUUGGGCACCCAAAACGCCGGUGCCGUGUGGACGCCAGGCCGAAACGAUAAGCAAUUGUAUCGGAGUCACCUGAAUCCGUUGCCGUGUGGACAGGGCCUUAGAAAGGUAGGGUUUCUGGUUUCUCAAUAACAUGAGCAGAUUUUUUUUUUUAAUCACUUAAAAGUUGGUGACAGAAUGACUUUUUAGAGUGGUUAUAACGUGAAUAAACUUGUCAGACAUUUUGAAGCAUUAAAUAUAACUACAAAUA